AUGCACCAGGAUGCACCGGAUCCGCAGGGAUUCGGUGUUGCGUGUGGUGAACGUUUGAACACCUGUGCACUGCGGCUAAAUGGGAACCUCUUCUUCUCCUCAGUCUCCUCCUCCGUCCCUGUGUUCGACAUCAGCAACACAUCAAUCUACUAUAAGUUUCUCACGCCGUCCUUCUUUGGCAGCGCGCUCGUCGGUUUACUGUUCUCUGCAAUGUUUUACGGCUUGACCAGCGACAAGGCACUCAUGAAGGCAUUUGUGUCGUUUGAUUUGAACGAGAACACCGGCGAUGGGAAGACUGUAUGGGCCCUUGUCAUCGAGGGUCAUGCCAAUCCGCCAAGUCGUCUGAUCGAGCCAAGAGUAUACGCUGUUCUAUAUCCAUGGACUUUGGACACUGCGCACGCGAUUUGGAUCAACGUACAAAGCAAAAUCGGCGAUCACGGUGCCCCCGAUCUGCCUGUCCCUGGUGGCUUUUGGACGCAGGAGUGGAUAAUCCAGAAGGUGAUUCUUGUGGACGAGGUUGCGAGCGCAGCCAAUUACUGUGCUGCCGCAUUGGCAGACCUAUGGAUAUUCAAUCGCGGGAUUCUCUUGACCGCGAUGCAGUUCGCAAACUUGGGAGUGGUUCGUGUUCUGUCUUUCAACUCUCCGCCAGUGACCUCAAUCCAAGCACAUCUUCCAGUGUACAUCAACACAAUGAUGGCUGUUCUGAACGCUCGUCAACACCUCAGUGCAGGUGGAGUGUCCUACAUCUCAAGUUUCACGGACGACGCGGCAGUAUAUGUGGAUGGAAUCAGCGCUAAGGGUGCAACAAUCAUAGAGAACAUUCCGUUGACAACGUUCAGCCUGAGAACCUAA